AUAGAUAUGUCAGAGCCCGUCAGCUCUGUUUUCUGUCCCACUGUUGGGGCAAGGGGUGGAUCUAUCCCUGGCUGUCUGGUGCUGGGGACUUGGGAGGGGUGGCCUCAAAAUAGAAACAAGGGGACACUGCUUGUAGAAACCCUUGGGGGAGGACUUGCUUGACUGCCUGUCUAAUUUGUACUGGUAAGCAAAGGUGGUGGACACAUCGUUCACACGUCGAACACUUCUUCCUACAGCGGAGAGAGUAAAGAACAACUUUUCUCCUCGUCAAUCAGAGCUUAGCUCCCCUCAGCGACAUAAUUGCUCAGUGCACUGGACCUGCUUGUCUAUAGCCUUCUCAUUGUGUUUAUUUGGAGUUCCCCUAGCGACAUUGUUGACAGUGAAGAAGGGAUUUUUACUUCAGAAGGAAUCAUUAUUUUGUGCUUAUCUGAAUUGAGGGGUAUUCUUUGUGGCACUGUUACAUGGAUGUUUCCCUCAAAAAGGCUGCUGACCACUGAGCUGUCCCAGCAGAGUGAGGAGCUGCCAGGGGAYCUGCAGUCUCUAUCCUGGCUCACCACCGUGGACGUACACAGGCUGCAGMAGAUGGCCACAGGCAGACUGGCCUUCAACAACACAGAACCCCAGAGCAGCCCACUGGAGCUUCACCCAGGUUCAGACCAGCACAGAAACAUGAAUACAGCACUAGGACAUGACACCAUUGUCCCUCCCCAUAGCAACAUGCAGAACAGUUAUAUUGGAAUGAACUACCUCAACAAUCAAAAUGGAAAUAUGACAGGAGGAUGCCCRGGAAGUGGUAUGCCUGCCUCAGGAUACCAGUCCUCCCCAGCCCACUACUACCACWCCCCCCAGCAGGCCUACAGCCCAGMUCAGGCUSUCCAACAGCAUUCCCCCAGCAGCCUGUAUAACAGCCCCUCCUACCAUAGCCAAAACCUGUAUGAGCAGCAAGCAGGAGGCAUGAGCAUCACCAACCCCCACAGCAACCAGGAUCUCCUACAACAACCUAAUUCCUUCCCCAAACCUAUCUACUCCUACAGCUGCCUGAUUGCUAUGGCUCUGAAGAACAGCCGGACAGGCAGCCUCCCUGUCAGUGAGAUCUACUGCUUCAUGAAGGAGCACUUCCCUUACUUCAAGACGGCGCCUGACGGCUGGAAGAACUCUGUGAGACACAACCUGUCUCUGAACAAGUGCUUUCAAAAGGAAGAGAACAAGCAAGGAGGCUCCUCCUCCACUCGUAAGGGCUGUCUGUGGGCCCUCAACCCAGCCAAGAUCAACAAGAUGGAGGAAGAGAUGCAGAAGYKGAAACGCAAGGACCUGACUGCCAUCCGYCGCAGCAUGGCCAACCCAGAUGAGCUGGACAGGCUGAUCACAGACCGACCGGAUGGCUGUCGGAGGAACCCUUGUGACCCCAGGAUGACGUGUGUCCCCUCUAGCCCCUGUGGUUCCCCUCUGUCUGGGCUUCUGCAGACAUCCCUCCCCUUCCACCUCCAGGCCCAGAAUCCCACYCUGCUAGGAGACCCCAGCUCCCCUGUUCCCGCCCGGACCCCUCCCCUCCACGCGGUCCCAGACUACUCCCACACCCCCUUCAUCCAGCAGCAGCCCUACAGACAAGCCAACAACCACAGUCUGUACAGCCUCCACCCUGACGUCACAGCAGAUGUGGACGCUCUGGACACUAGUAUCAUGGAGUUUGCCGGUGGGUUAUUAUGAAUAUCGGAGGGAUGUUACUGUAUGUUUAAAAUKAAUAAUGGCAUAUUUGUUGAACACCUUUAUGAAAACAGAUAGAAUUGAACAUAACUGUUUUAAUCCAAGGAUGAUUUGGUUAAUGAUUUGUUUUAACGGGUUAUAAUGUGUUUGUUUCUGUCUYUCAGGGAGYCUWUGGGAGGGGGUGAGAGAGGAGGGCUUCAGCCUKGAGAGUAUGUUUAACCACUCUCCUCUGUGCCUGUCUGACUGUGAGCUGCCUGGCCCCACCACUGGACAGCCCCUGGUGGACCUACAGGUUUCAGGGCUGUACACCACCCUGGACCCGGCACCUGCUGUCCCCUUCCAGUACAUCACCACCACAGAGGCCGGGGGCCAAGCCGUCGCCCUGCUCUGACUUUGACUGUGAUACACUGAUAUACAGUGUAUUAAACACUGAUAUACACCAAGACAGACCACUACUGUUGAACCUGCAUGUCCCCACACCCACUGUAUGAGAAUCCUGAACAUUCUCCCACCUGACAGGAUGUCUUGCCUCUUUCAUGUCAGAGAUUUUUUUUUUUUUUACUGAUUCCUGUUUCUCCACCAAAGCACUUAAGAAGCACCCAAAUCAGCUAGCAUAGACGUGUUUGAUUGGGCCUGUCAGAUUUUUAGAGUGAUGAGGAUACAGUGUUUUUGUGUGUGUGAUGGUUUAGAGGUAAAAUGCAAUGCCACUUUAUUUUUACAUGUUGUAAAGGUUGUCUUCUGUGAAGAUAUGUAAAAGGUUGUCGGGGAAACUCAUCUGUCAUCUAUUUCUUGUGGAGGAAAAGUCUUUACUAGCUUGUGCAAACAAUCCUUUUUUUGUUACCAGAUUUGACUGUGUUAUUGUAGCUCGAUAGUUUAUUUGUCAUACUAAAGUCCUGCUAGGCAGGCAUUAUCUCAGCGUUUUCUGUUUUGUUCAUUUGUAUUUAUUUACUUUGCUCCUUGUAAACUGUCUAACAUGACUCUUAAAGCCAUGCCUUACAACAAUAAUUGUAUAUUGUAAUAUAGAGGACUUUAACAUGUUAAUGUAUUUUAGAAAUACUAAACAUUUUUAAUUUAAGAUUAUUUAUGUAAAGGUAUUACAGACAUGUUAAAAGCCUUAGCAGAUUCACCUGUUUUAAACUGACAAUAGACUCCUGUGCCUACAAGGUGUUUCUCUAACUGUAAACAUUUUCAGAAUAAAUAUUUUCAGAUGCCAGAUUUA